UUUUGGAUUUUUGGAUGAACAGAAGGUUGUAUUUCGGACAGCCCUAGAAAGUCCUUGCUGCUGGCGAUGGAUACCCUUUCUGUUCUAGGCCCCUGUCGCCUCAGCGUUUGCGCCAUCGCCAGCCUUUCGCUACACUUCGCUUCUUGCCGACCAUGUCGCUGAUCGCGGGUGAGGAGUUUCAGCACAUUCUUCGUGUGUUGAACACUAACGUCGAUGGACGUCAAAAGAUUAUGUUUGCCUUGACCUCCAUUAAGGGAGUUGGACGUCGUUUUGCGAAUUUGGUCUGCAAGAAGGCCGAUGUUGACAUGAGCAAGAGAGCCGGUGAGCUGUCCGCGGCUGAGCUUGAGAACUUGAUGGUGAUCGUUGCCAAUCCUCGCCAGUUCAAGAUCCCAGAUUGGUUUCUGAACAGAAAGAAGGACCACAAGGAUGGUCGCUACUCCCAGGUUGUUUCCAACGCCUUGGACAUGAAGCUGAGGGACGAUCUUGAGCGCUUGAAGAAGAUCAGGAACCACCGUGGUCUUCGUCACUACUGGGGCUUGCGUGUACGUGGUCAACACACCAAGACAACUGGAAGACGUGGUAGAACCGUCGGAGUGUCCAAGAAGAGAUAGAGUGUUUAUCAUGUGUUGAUCCCGAAGGUCUUAUUUUUCGCCUUCCUGGAUGUAGCUAUUUGAAUACAGCUCCAUGCCCAACUACACUCUUUGGCCGUCAUUGUUCCUGAGCACUUGCGUAGCUUGAAUGCGAGGGUUCGAAAGAGAUUUUUAAGAGCAGUCAUUGGAGUGGAGUAAAAAAAAAAAAAGUCAGAUCUGUGUCAAAUUUUGUUCGAGUUUCUUAAGUGUAUUCGAGCUGUGCACACUUCAGUUGCGUUGCCAUGCGUCCUAGCUACCCUUGUCGGCGAGUGAGAUGCACUUCAGUUUGACUGAAGCCUGUUUCGA